AUGGCCGAAAAGGACAUCUCACAGACCACUGAGGUGAUCGAAAAUGCCGCUCUCGCCGAUGAACGUGAGCGUCAGAGGCAACAUGCUGCGGAGUUCGAACCUCCUGCGCUACACGUUCAGGAGCUCAACGAGGCCGAGCAUAUCAACCUGAGCUGGCGAUCAUGGCUCGUCGUCUUCGUCACCUGCUUCGCCAUUAUGGCUCAAGUCUUUGUGGUCGUGGCGGCCGGGUCCGUCAUUGCAUUUAUCAUUCGAGAUCUUGGCGGUGCUCCGAUAGCUGGCUGGAUUAUUCAGGGCCCUCUACUCAUGCAGUCUGUGCUGUCGCCAAUUGUGGGUCGACUGAGCGAUGUCCUGGACCGCAAAUGGCUGGCCUCAAUCCCUCCAUUGAUCGCGUUUGCAGGAGCUGUCAUUUCAGCCAAAGCAACCUCAAUGUCCAUGCUGAUUGGAGGCGGUAUCCUAAUCGGGACAACCCUGAGCACCAUUGCCAUUGUCCAAGCCAUUCCGAGCGAGGUCUUGCCGCUGAAGUACAGAGCGCUUGCCAAUGGCUUCGCUUUCAUGGGAGGUGCGAUAGGCGGACUCGUUGGAGGUCUUGGAGCGGGCGGCGUCACGAAUGCAAGUCCAGACGGCUGGCGGGACAUCUUCUGGAUGCAGGCAGCAUUCCAUCUGGCGACCUUCCUGGGCCUUUUCUUCUUCUACCACCCCACACGACGCUCCGAUUACCCUAAGAUGUCCUUCAGGCAGUAUGUUUGGGCCAUUGAUCCUAUUGGGUCUUCCCUCUUCGUCGUGGCAUGCACCCUUCUUCUGCUCGCGCUGGACUGGGCGGGUGGUGCCUACGAAUGGUCGGACGCCCAUGUUGCUGCUCCGUUAGGCAUUGGUUGUGGUUUCCUGGUCCUCUUUUGCCUUUACGAGUGGAAAGGUCGAGACGACGGCAUCGUGGCUCACGUCUUCUUUAAGGGGUCCCCCAACUUCGCCUUGUCUGUCUUCUCCUUCGCAGUCGAAGGAUGGAUCUUCUACUCGGCGGUGAACAGCGUGACACCUCAAAUUGUGCUGAAUCUCGGUUUCCAAACCGACGCGUGGAAGAUCUCCAUCCGCCAACUGUCCUACAGUCUGGUCACCUUGGUCGCGUCUAUCCCGAUAACGUUAUACGCAACCAAGUACAAGGAUCUCAAGACUCCGUUGAUCGUCACUUUCACAGUGUUCCUCGUCGUCUGCAUCCUCUACUCAACCGUCAGACCCAGCUGGAACCAGGCGCAAUACGGUAUCAACGUGCUCUCAGGCAUUGGUCAAUCUGGUCCACUCACCCUCAUCGUGGCUCUGAUCCAAUUCACGGCUCCUCACGCCUUCCUCUCCACCGCAACUGGUCUGGGAUUCUCCGCUCGUGCCAUCGGUGGCGCAUUUGGAUCGGCUGUCCUCGAUGCCAUCAUCAAUGGAAAGCUGAAGUCGUAUCCAGCCAAGGUUGGCGGUGCCGCCAUCGAAGCCGGUCUGCCCGCAUCAUCUGUCCCUGCGUUGCUCACGGCACUAUCCUCCGGAGCUGGGCUUACGGACGUACCGGGAAUCAACGCUACGAUUAUUGAACAGACCAUGGAUGCCAGCCACUGGGCAUAUGCUCGUGCGUACCGCAUGGCCUGGGCGAGCAUUAUCCCCUUUGUGGUGCUUGCUCUCGUGGGAGUCUGGUUCUUGAAAGGAGUGAAGGAGCUGAUGACUGAAAAGGUCGAGGCAACGGUUGAGCAUGUUAACCAGGCUGACCAGGAGAAAGCUUAG